GGAGUGAGCCUCAGGCAGGCGGGAGUCAGUCUGCUGGAAUAAUGAGAACGAGUCAGGCUGUGAGCCUGUGCUAUCCUGCCCAGUCCUCUUGUGCAUUUCAAUUCUCUGUGCACACAUCUGAGGGAGCAUCCUCACUCUGUCGCCUCUCCCUGCUCUCUUUCUUUCGUCCCCCCACCUCCCUCCUUUUCCACCAGCUCUUCUUCAGGAGCCGCAGAGCUAAGAAGCCAAACUCAGCAGCAUGCUCCCGAGGCUGCCAUAGACAGAGCAGUGGUCAGGCUGGCCACCCUUCAAGCUCUCCGAUGUACCGGGAGGCCGCAGUCUCUGUCGUCCAGGGCCUCAGUGAGCCGUGCCCGCCCAGCGCCAGCCCAACCCAAGCAGCCUCUGCAGUGCGGACCGCUAAGAGACAGAGCCUCUCUGACCACACAAUUGGCAAAGACCUCCAGAGCACGAGGACAGGGCAAAGGCACUCCCCUGCCUUGUAUGACUGACUGCAGAAACAGAGGGAUGAGGACUCGCCUGGGAUGUCUGUCUCACAAAUCAGACUCGUGCAGCGACUUCACGGCUAUCCUUCCAGACAAACCCAACCGGGCUUUAAAGAGAUUAUCAACAGAAGAAGCUACAAGAUGGGCAGAUUCUUUUGAUGUCCUUCUGUCCCAUAAAUACGGAGUGGCUGCGUUUCGUGCAUUCCUAAAGACUGAGUUCAGUGAAGAGAACCUGGAAUUCUGGCUGGCUUGCGAGGAGUUCAAAAAGACACGGUCCACUGCCAAGCUGGCUUCCAAGGCACACAGAAUUUUUGAAGAAUUUAUUGAUGUGCAAGCACCACGAGAGGUGAACAUAGACUUCCAGACCCGAGAGGUGACAAGACGGAACAUACAGGAGCCCUCACCAACGUGCUUUGACCAGGCCCAGGGCAAAAUUCACAGCCUUAUGGAAAAAGACUCUUACCCCAGGUUCCUAAGGUCAAAAAUGUAUACAGACCUGCUGUCUCAAACCCAGAGGAGGCUCAGCUAGAGCAGAGAUGGAGACUCCCCUCCUUAGAUACCAUGAGCUUCCUGCACCAGCCAAAUCCAUUUCCGUAUGUGAAAUUAAGUUCAUUGGUGUUACAACAGCAGUAGAAUGAGAGGGGGAGCGGAAGAAGCAUGAAGAGUUGGGCUGUAUGUGUGUGUGUGUAAAACAUUUCUCAGCAUGAGUCCAGUGCUCUCUUUGGAUCCUUGUGUGUGUGCGUGUGUGAGCAGACACCUAUAUUUUUAACUUUAGCAAAUGCACACACACAACACUGAAACACUUCGUAAGUGGUGCUGUUUUCGGGAACAUAACAUCUGAACUACAUUUUAUGCUGAAUUCACUGGUGGUGAAGCCAGGCUUCCUUAAUUCCUUUACUACACUAGGCUAGUUGGUAAAUAGUCAUCUGUGCUGGACCACAAAGCCGAUCCAGAAAGAGCACCUGCAGGGUCAGAGGCUGGCCUUGUUGAGAAGCGCCAGAAGCAAGCGGCCAGAGGCGCAAGGCACCAUGCAGAAAGGACAGUCAAAGUGCAGUAACUGGUCAGCCAGAAGGACAUAGACCAGCAGGUAGCAGAUGUACGCCUCAGCAGAUGUUUAAAAAAUGGAGAGGCAAGACAGACAAGGCUCUAGACUUGGGCUGGAGUGAUUUACAGCCUGGCCAAAUAAAACCAAAUCUGUUUUAGGAUGGGGCAAAGUGGAGGCUUGAGAUGGAUGGUACAACCAGUUUCCCCUCCGCUUUACCACCCAGAACAGCUUAUCACAAGGGGCAACCAGCCUGUUGAUAAGAAAGUUUUGAAUUCAAAUCCAGGCAAACCCUGACAAGAAGGUUCUACAUCUCUUUUCCCCUGUAUGUUCAGGCAGUUGAUUUAUUUUCCUUACCUUAUUCAGUAGGUUUUGAGACUGCUUUUAAGGCAAAACUGUAUCCCAAAGAGGUUCGCAAUACAUAGCCAUAAUAAAAUCCAACAAUAAAACCCAUUCAAACAUAAUAUCCAGUACCACCAAAAGUUAUAUCGGCCAACCUACCACAGAAAAAAGAAAAAUAACUCAACCCUAAAAAGCCGUGUCCUAGAUUAGCCUCCAAUGUCCAUGAUAAAAAGAUGACCCAAGGUCUAUUUAAAAUUAAGGAGAGAUGGGCUUGCCUGAUUUCACUUGGAAUCAAGUUCUAUGACUGGGAAGCCACCACUGAAAAGACCUUCUUUGACAACACUCUGAUAGGCUGUUGGAGCUGGGGCAUACGAGAGAGUUAAAGCUGUGGUAUAAUGCACAGGACUCAGGUUAGCUCCUAUGUGAAAAGAGAACAACACAGCUCCUUUUUACUUGGAUUUGUAUUGAUGUGAUCUUGAAACAGUCUCUGCCCCUUGAGUGUUAUCCCUUGCCCCUCUAUAUACAGCCAUCUAAAUUAUACUGUCAUUGUAAAUCUCAGAUAUUUUGCAUUUUAAGCUCCUGCUCCCACUUUGUUCUGAAGACUGGUGGGUGGGUUUGGGGUUUUUUGAACAGCAUGCAGAGAUGGGAAGUAGAAGCAGGGAGUGGGCAGUGUACUCCUUCUGAAAUCCACGUCUUCUUGCUUCUUGAUUGCAUGGAUGGCCCUUUCAAAAAACUGUGAAUACACUUGUCAUAUUGCCAGUAUAAAGAGGCAAAGGUCAUUCUCCAAGAAGCCAAAAACAUGAAACCUCCUUCAUAUAUGGGUUGGGGUCCUCCUGCCCUUGAGUAAUACAACUAGCUCUACAACUAGAUCUGUUAGGAUGCUAAAACUUACUGGCACCCUCACAUAUUAGUUCUUAGGCUCCCUCUGGGACAUUGUUCAAGUGUUGUAGAUACAAUUAUCAAUUUGUGCUGUAGGAAUACCCCUGUGAUACUGGUGGUAAGAGAAAGAAAUAAAAGGAUGGCCAAUCUCCUGGUAAGGUUGCCAUCUCAGUAUGCAGAAUGGAUUUAUAUUUUGUGAAAAGCUCCAGCUUUAAGCAGACCCAAGACGAGUUCAGAUGACCCGGUGCAUCUCCUCACUCCAUUCACAAUCCCUUCCUCCCCAGCAACUGCACUAUGCAAUAUGAUGUCUCUCACACCAAAGUGGGUUAGAGAAGGAGGGUAAAUAAAGUGGUGCAGGAAUGAGUGUGAGAAACUGAACCUGCAAAGCUUCUCCUAAAGAAACCGGAAGCCCAUUUAAGUUCCAAAGUGGCAGCUGUACAAAAUAUGCCAGACAAUAAUGAGAAUUAUCAUUUUCCUGCUUCCAUGCACCAAUGGAUAAAAGUGGCACUGAACUCCACCAUACUGCUAUUUAUCAUCCUUACCACUGACUGUUAUUUAUUAUUCACUGAGCGAUGUUGGUGCGAACAAUAAGAGGACAUAUGGACCCUCUUUGAAGGGGACCUGUUUAGAGGAGAAAAUCUAUCCCAGAUGAAAAUCCUAGUCUUGGAGAGCUGUUUAUGUGUGUGAGUAUAUAGAUAUUAGACAUAAUGCAGCAUAUUUUUUUCUUCUUCCAAUACAGCAGCAUGCUCAGUUUUAUGUGUAUAUGCAGAUAUACAGUUUUAUGUGUAUAUUACCUAAGAAACACAGCUUAAAAUAGACUAUGUAGACACCUGCUGUGUCAUGAUAUUGGGCUCUGCAGUGAGCAAAUAUUUCAGGUCAAACUUUGUACUGGGCAUGUAAGGAAGAAUAAGAAAACAAGGUUCUAAUGAUAAAAAGGAGCAAGGCUGAAAAUGCUUUUGAAUCAGUGGUAUCAUGGGGUGCUGUGUCCUUCAAACACUGUGCACAAUACACAGCCGAUUGCAAGCUCUGAUGUGAUGCUGUGGUGGUAGAGGGCGGGGGGUGGCUUCCUGCAGUAGCGUUUUUUGGAUUAAAAAAUCUGUACUCUCCUUGCGUUUCAAGGUUUGCACAGACUCACCUGACAAUGUCUCUGUAAAGCAUACACUGCAUUAAAAUGGUACUGAGCAUCUA